GCAGGGAAACGUUUUGAUUGGCCAACUAGUUUUCAGGCCACAUGGAUUUUUGUAAACAUUACGGACUCGAAUGCUGUCAGCGCUGUUAAUAAAGAUGCAUUUUCGUCUGUAACUAGCCGAUGACGCCUGUUCUUCGUGUGGCCCGUGGCUGCUGGUGAACGAUGAAGUCUCUGAGGCUGCUGUCGGUGGAUCCAUCAGACCGGGGCUCUCAGAGAUGCAGACUGGGUCCGGGCUUGAUGUCUUCGCUGGGUCUGCGCCUGGGCUCCCCUCUCCUGGUGUCUGUUCCAGGGGGAAGCUGCCUGUGCACCGCCUGGCCCCGGCCUGACUUGGCAGAGGGCUUCCUGCAGAUGGACCUAAAAUGCUUCUCUCCUAGUCUGAUCUCUCAGACCCCCACACACCUGGAGCUGGACCCCGGUCUGCUCACACCUGUACCCUGCCUCAAACUGAAAAGUGUCAAGAUAAGCGUGGUUGUCCAGAGUGUUGAGUUUAAGAAACAUACACCUUCUCGUCUUGUUCAUGAGCUUGUGAAAGACAUGCUGAAAGGUUUAUAUGUCCAUAAGGGAUAUGUGAUAAACCUGGAGGAUUUUGAUACAGACAUCAGAUACGUUAUUAUUGAGAGCAUCAAUCCAGAUUCUGCCACCGCUGGGUUUAUCUCCUCAAAAACUGGCGUGGAGAUGUCUGGCAUUCAAACAGUUCGCCAUUACAGGAGUCAGCUGCAGGACCAGCACUCACUGCCACUGGGAGGCCUGGAGGAGGUGAGUGCAUCUUUAAGAGAGAUGCUUCAGUUGCCGCUCCUCUAUCCAUGCACCCUGGGCUCUCUUGGAGUGUCCUGUCCCAGAGGUGUGCUCCUGGUGGGGCCUCCAGGUGUGGGCAAGACCCAGCUGGUCCGCAAAGUGGUGGGAGAGGUGGGAGCCAGCCUGGUGGUGGUCAGAGGGCCAGAGGUGGUGGGAGCACGGCCAGGGGAGAGCGAGGAGAAGCUGCGGGCUGUGUUUGACCGGGCUCGAUCUGCGGCAGAAGAGGGUCCCUGUGUGCUGUUCUUAGAUGAGCUGGACUCCCUGUGUCCGAGGCGAACCGACUCGUCUGCACCGGAGAACCGCCUGGUUGCGCAGCUUCUCACCUUAAUGGAUGGGAUGAAUCAGUCGGAUCGCUUCCUCAUAGUCGGAGCCACCAACAGGCCGGACAGUUUGGAUCCAGCACUACGCAGGCCUGGAAGAUUUGACAGAGAGGUUAUUAUCGGUCCUCCGACCUUGCAGCAGAGAAAGGCUAUCUUGUCCGUGCUGUGUGAGAGGAUGCCUGUGUGCCCCAGUGUGAGCAUGGCAGAGCUUGCGCAAAAUACAACAGGCUAUGUGGGAGCGGACCUCAGCGCCCUGUGCAGGGAGGCUGCCAUGCACGCUAUACGGGAGAACUCAAAGGGUUCAGGACAGCAGACUGUGAGCAUUAAGCACUUCCAGGAGGCCCUGAAAUCAGUGGGACCUUCUUGCCUGAGGAGCAGCCUGGGCAGGACAGAUGUCUCUCCAGUGUCUUGGGCGCAGAUAGGAGGUCUGGAGGAGGUCAAGCUCAAACUGAGACAGAGCAUUGAGUGGCCGAUGAGAUACCCCGAGGCGUUUGCUCGUCUGGGUCUGAGUCGUCCUCGUGGCGUGCUUCUCUACGGACCUCCGGGAUGCGCAAAGACGACGCUCGUUAAAGCUGCAGCCGCCUCCUCCAACUGCACCUUCCUCUCUGUCAGUGGUGCUGACCUCUACUCUCCUUAUGUCGGAGACUCGGAGAAGGCCUUAGGGCAGCUGUUUCGCCAGGCCAGGGCCUGCGCUCCAUGCAUCCUGUUCCUCGACGAGAUUGACACUGUGAUUGGCUCCCGGUCAAACAGUCAGACACCAAACAGUGUGCAGACGCGUCUGCUGUCCGUGCUCCUGAAUGAGAUGGAUGGGGUUGGUCUGAAGACGCUCGAGAGGAGAGGGACGGACAAGAUCCUGCAGGCGGAAGGAGUCGAGGAGACUGUCACACAGGAGCAGCUCGACUUCCAGGAAGUAUGCAACAAGGAUGUGAUGGUUGUAGCUGCCACAAACAGACCUGACUGUUUAGAUAGCGCCCUCCUCAGACCUGGCAGGCUGGACCACAUCAUUUACGUCCCACCACCUGACCAACAGGCACGGCUUGCCAUCCUCAAGGUGUGUACAAAGUCGAUGCCCGUGGCUGCAGAUGUGCUUCUGGAGGAGCUGGCAGCAAAAACUGAACUUUACUCUGGAGCUGACUUGGAAAAUCUCUGCAAAGAGGCUGCUCUUUUGGCUCUACUUGAUGAGAACAUGGAGGCUCUGACCAUCAAACAUACAUAUUUUCUGCGGUCCCUCAGCAAAAUGAGGCCGUCUCUCACGGCCCAGCAGAUCCACACAUAUCAAAAACCUUCAAGCUGAUAAACAACAUAUCAUUUUGUCUUUUUUUUAGGUAUAAAUUAUAUUAUUAAUACUCUUAUAAACUUGGAAAUAAAAUAAUUCAAAGUUCA